ACCGGCGACGCGCACAACCGCUCGGGACUCGGGACUCGGGACUCGGGAUUGUGGACACCGAGCGACCGACGCUCCGGUGCGGCGGGCAACUCCUCCGCUUCCGACAUGAGGAGAACGACGAGGACGUGGAGGUGGCGGCGGCGGCGGUCCCUGCGGUGUCGACGAAGCCGAACCGAGGCGGACGAAUAACGGGCUCGCCAUGAACGACAGGUACCACAAGGCGGCCCGGGACGGCUACCUGGACCUGCUCAGGGAGGCCACACGCAAGGACCUCAACGCGCCCGACGAGGAUGGCAUGACGCCCACGCUGUGGGCGGCCUACCACGGAAACCUGGAGACUCUGCGGCUCAUCGUGGCCAGGGGGGGGAAUCCUGACAAGUGUGACAUAUGGGGCAACACACCCCUCCACUUAGCCGCUGCCAACGGCCACCACAACUGCCUUUUCUUCCUGGUGUCUUUCGGGGCCAACAUAUGGUGCCUGGACAACGACUACCACACCCCUCUGAACAUGGCUGCCACCAAGAGUCACAUGGACUGCGUUCGCUACCUGGACUCCAUCGCCUCCAAGCAAAUGGGCCUCAACCCCAAGCUCGUGAACAAGCUGAAAGAACGAGCGUUUCGAGACGCCGAGCGGCGCAUCAAAGACUGCGCCAAGAUGCAGAAGAAGCACCACAAGCGCAUGGAGAAGAAGUUCCAAAAGGAGGCGCCCGAGGCGUCCGUGUCGGACGUCAUGAGUUUUUCCAGUUACAGCAGCGGCUCUGUUAGCCACAAGCUGCACAACUUCAGCGCAGCCACCGUCAAUGUGCCAUAUUCGCAGGCUACUCUUCACGCCACAAACCGAGGAAAGACGAAGAUCCAGAAGAAACUGGAGAAAAAGAAACAAGGCGACGGGAGCUUUAAGAUCUACGAGGACGGCAGGAAGAGCGUGCGCUCCCUCUCCGGGCUCCAGAUGGGCAAUGACGUCAUGUUCCUGAAACCCGGCACGGACGUCAACCCCAAGGAUUAUGGCCGCCGCAACGUCCGUGACAUGUUUCCCAGAGACCACAACGAUGACGCCAUUUCACGUGCCAUCAGCGAGCCGGACCUCCACGGGGCCAAUGCGGACCACUCGGAGGUCAGCACAGACUCGGGACACGAUUCCCUGUUCAACCGGCCCGGCCUGGGCACCAUGGUCUUCAGGAGGAACUACGUGAGCGGGGGGAUGUUCGACCUGGGCGAUCCAGAUGGAUCUGAUGGCUUGGGCAACGCGGUGCGUCUACGCAGCAGGCUGCACCCUCACCGCAGCCUGGACGAGGACAGCAUAGGAAGUGCUCGCAGCCUGCAGGAGAGGAACAUGGAGGAGAUUCCCUGGGAGGAGGUGGAAUUGGGGCUGGAUGACGACGACGAAGCCCACACCAGCCCGCUGGAAGUCUUCCUGGCCACGCAGUGCAUGAGCGACUUCUUCUCCAUCUUCAGGAGAGAGAAGAUCGACCUCCAAGCGUUGAUGCUCUGCUCCGACCAAGACCUCAAGAGCAUCCACGUCCCAUUAGGACCGAGGAAGAAGAUCUUAGAUGCCUGUCGGAGACGGCUUGAGACAAUUGACGACCCGGAGUGCAUGGAAGACAGUGAACUAUGAUCCAAGCGGAGGUGUGCUCAUCAACGCAGGCGGAAACGAGAACAUCAUCUACCUCUAACGUGGAAAGGAUCAAGGCAAAAAAAUUCAAAGUUGCAGUCUCGAAAGAACUUCUUGUGUCGGGGGACACACGUUUGCCCCCCCGUGGGGUCGACUCAGACUCUCGUGCCUGUGCUCUUUUACUCUUGAAACACUAGACGUGCAAUUAUUAAUGUAAUGUCACAUUUCAUUUAACCUCUCGUUUGAACGCAUCGCAAAGCUGGUCCCCGCCAAGGCAGGACAACUGCACAUUUGCAGUUGUGAACUACUUGAGAGUGUGUGAACGCGUCGCUCGGUAACUUUUAUCAUACUUGCCCGUCGUCGCUUAUUGUACUUGCGCACUCCGUGUAGUGCAUGUUGAGUCAAUAUUUAUGUAGAUUAUGAUAGCUCACAAGUUCAUAACGAUCUAUUUGAAGACUUUUAUGGUCUCCGUGGACUUCUCUGCACAUUGUUAAUGUGUUCGCAUUUGGAUUAGAUUAUGUAAUAA